AUGAGCAAGGAUGGCGGUGGCAUGCAUGAUGUGAACUGGCACAAGAUCUUCCCCAAGCGCAUUCCCGUGAUCUUGCGCGACCUCGCGCCGACGAACGCCUUCAACCCGACGGCGCUCUGGCCCAUCGAGGAGCCGGCGGAUGCGGCGGCGCCGGCGACGCCGGCCAAGGACGCCAAAAAGGAAGCGAAGAAGGACAAGAAGGCGCCGGUCGUCAAGAAGGCCGAUCUCAUCCGCAUGCAGAUCGCCAAGGACCUCGAGGAGAAGAAGGCCAAGCAGGACGAAGAGAAGCUCGGGAACGCCAAGUCGGUCAACCUCAUGACGAUGAAGAUGGCGACGCCGGCCGGCCGCCUCAAGCAGCUCUACGAGAUCAAGAAGAAGUUCCUCUCGGAGAAGAACUACAUUGACGCGAUCGACACGCUCUGGGAGAUCCAGCACAUGGGUCGCAUCACCCACGACGAGGACCUCGCGGUCCACAAGAAGUACAAGAAGUACGCCAAGAAGGCCAUGGACCACCUCAAGGACACGCCGCUCAUUCCGUUCCAGCUCACAGAGAUGAGCGACCGCCUCCCGCCGCUCAACUUGCACCACAUGAACAAGUUUAUCCUCGACGCGUGGCAGAAGGAGGUGUUGACGCACAUUGACAUGAAGCACUCGGUCAUUGUCUGCGCGCCCACGAGUAGCGGCAAGACGGUGCUCUCGUCAUACGUGACGGUCGUCGGUGGCAAGGUGCUCUUCAUUGCGCCGACCGAGCCGCUCGCGUGGCAGGUCGCGGCCCUCUUCCAGUCGCUCGUCAAGGGCGCAGUCGGUAUCAUCACCAACGGCACGGUGUUCUUGCCCGAAGGCUUCCGCGUCGCGGUGGGUACGCCGGCCGCGGUCGAGACCGCGCUGCUCAACAUUGGCUACGACUUUGAUUACUGCGUGUUUGAUGAAGUCCACGACCUCAACGGCCCGGAAGGCGAUGCGCUCGAGCGCAUUGUCAAGGGCAUCACAUGCCCGUUCCUUGCGCUCUCGGCGACCAUUGGCAACGCGACGGUGCUCGCCGAGUGGUGGAAGCGCCACCACCCGCACCCGAUCCAUCUGCUCGAGUACCGCGGCCGCUUUAUCAAUCUCCAGCGCCUCGUGCUCGAAGGCAAGACGGUCGUGCCGCUGCACCCGUGCGCGGCUGUGACGCUUGACUACCUCAAGGAGAAGGGCUUUGACGCAGGCGACUUGGCCUUUACACCCCGGGAUACGUACGCGCUCUACAAGGAGAUGCGCAAGGCCUACCCGAAGGAGGCGAUUGCGGACCUCAAGCCCGAAAAGUACUUUGCCGAAUCGAUGGUCCCCAAGGCCAAGGAGGCGAAGAAGAAGGAGUCGAAGAAGAAGGACGACAAGAAGGACGACAAGAAGAAGAAGUCCAAGAAGGGCGACGACGACGACGACGACGACGGCGAUGACUUUUUGAACCCGAUGUGCCACCGCAUUACGCUCCUCGAGUCCAAGCAGUACGAAGAAGAGGUCAAGAGCCGCCUCCAAAAGCUCGCGGUCGAGUACCCGGCCGAGACGCAGCAGGUGCUCGACAAGCUCAGCUACACGCCGCCCGCGCACCUCGAAAACACGGAGAUGGACAUUACGUCGCUCAUUUUCGACUUGUGCGCCAAGCAGCUCAUUCCCGCGAUUUGCUUCCAGCUCGACAGCGUGCGCUGCCGCCAGCUCUUUGACAAGCUCCUCGCCGGUGUCGAGGCCGCGCAGGACGCCAAGUACCCGGGCUACCGCGCCAAGGUCGAGGCCGAGUACGAAGAGUGGGAAAAGUCGCAGCUCAUCGCGAAGAAGGCCCAGGCCAAGUCCAAGGCGCUCCAGGAAGACCAGGCCCGCGAGGCGCAAGAGUUCCAGGAGACCAACGCGCCGGACAUUCACGCGCCGCACCCGGACUUUGUGCUCACGCCGCCCGGCCACCGCCUCUCGGCUGCCGAAUUUCGCGAGAUUAAGUGGCAGCUCCGUCGCGAGCUCUCGGAAGAUUCGGACGACGGGCACCCGCUCGUUCGGUCGCUGCGCCGUGGCAUUGGCAUCUACAACGAGAACCUCCCGGCGGCGUACCUGCGCAUCGUGCAGUCGCUCGCGCAGGUCGGUCGCCUCGCAGUCGUCUUCUCGGACGACUCGCUCGCCUACGGUGUCAACAUGCCGUUCCGCACGUGUUGUUUUUGCGAGGACGACCCGGAACUGAGCUCGCUCAUGGCGCAGCAGAUGGCCGGUCGUGCCGGUCGUCGUGGGCUCGAUCGCCAGGGUAACAUUGUGUUUGCGGGUCUUGCCUGGCCGCGCAUGCAGCAGCUUAUGCGCGGCCUUUUGCCCAACGUCGUUGGCAACCCGUUUAGCUUGUACCCGACCAUGUACCUCCAGAAGGCGCUCUCGGAGUUUAUGACGGACGACCUCCUCACGCGCAUGUCGACACAUGCGCUGCCCGAGUUUAUCCAGGGCAAGCCCGAAGACAACUACCUCGCCAAGUCGAUGCAGUACAUGCACGUGCUUGGCCUUGUCUCGCCGACCGGUCAACUGCUCGUCGACUCGUCGAUUGCCCGGCUCAUGUGGGAGUGCCGCCACGACUGCGCGGAAGCCAUGGGCAUCUAUACGCUGCUCGAAGUCAUGCUGACGGAGUUUGGCCGCGUGCCAGGUGAUAACAUUGGCCACCAAAUGGCCCUCUUCAACAUGCUCCUGCGCGUGAUUGGCCGCGAGCCGUACCACCCCGAGUACGCGCACGGCGGUAUCCUCGAGUGCCUCGCCGGCCAAGAGGAUGUGUGGGCCAAGGUGACGACGCUCUUGGCGCAGCUCGAUGCCAAGGUGACGGCGUCGGGCUGUGAGCUCCUCCGGCUUCCCGUUGCGCUGGAUGCGCCGCUUGACGGCUACGUCUGGCGCACGGUCGUCGACAACGUGAUCCCGCCGGGUCUCCAGACCGCGCAGCUCAACGCGAUCAAGAAGCGCAUGUGGCAUGUCGGCGACAAGCUCCGGCUCAUGCACAACCUGCUCAUGUACAGCGGUCGGUACGGCGUGCUCGAGGAAAUCGUCCGCAAGUGCUUUCGCCGCAUCAAGUGGAUCCUCAUCGACUCGGAAGUCUAAGGAGCGAUGGACGAGCAUAUCGAAGAAUAUACGUUGCAUUUACGAACA